CUCGGCUUCCGCGGGAACGGGAACGGAGCCUCCGCGGGGUGAGCGCGUCUCCUUUGCCGAGCUGGAGGAGGAGGAGGGAUGAGCAAGGGCAAGGACGAUGCCCCGCACGAGCUCGAGAGCCAGUUCGUGCUGCGGCUGCCGCCGGAAUAUGCCUCCACUGUGCGGCGAGCAGUCCAGUCCGGGAAUGUCAACCUGAAGGACAGGCUCACCAUUGAGCUGCACGCGGAUGGGCGCCAUGGGAUUGUCCGUGUGGACCGGGUGCCACUGGCAGCCAAGCUGGUGGAUCUGCCCUGCAUCAUCGAGAGCUUAAAAACCAUCGACAAGAAAACCUUCUACAAGACAGCGGAUAUUUGCCAGAUGCUUGUUUGCACCGUGGAUGGCGAUCUGUACCCCCCUUUGGAAGAGCAGACUGUGAGCACUGACCCCAAGGCAAACAAGAAGAAGGACAAGGACAGAGAGAAGAAAUUCAUAUGGAACCAUGGCAUCACUCUUCCCCUGAAAAACGUGCGGAAGAGGCGAUUCCGGAAGACAGCUAAGAAGAAGUAUAUUGAGUCUCCUGAUGUGGAAAAAGAGGUGAAGCGUCUCCUGAGCACUGAUGCCGAAGCUGUCAGUGUCCGCUGGGAAGUCAUUGCUGAAGAUGAAACAAAAGAAGUGGACAACCAUGGUUCACUCACCAGCCUGGACAUCUCUUCCCCAGGGAUGUCGGGACACAAGCAAGGCCACGGCUCCUCAGAACACGAUGAACUGCGGGAGAUAUUUAAUGAUAUCAGCAGCAGCAGCGAGGAUGAAGAUGAGAGGGAUCAUCAUGACGACGAAGACCUGAACAUCAUGGACACUGAGGAAGACUUGGAGAGACAGCUGCAGGACAAGCUGAAUGAGUCUGAUGGGCAGCAGCAGGAGAAUGAGGGGUCCAACCAGAUUGCCAUGGGGAUCCAGAAACAGAUUGACAACCUGAAAAGUAAACUCCAGGAGACUCAAGACAGGAGGAAGCGCCAGGAGGAUCUCAUCAUGAAAGUGGAGAACCUGGCCCUCAAGACUCGUCUCCAGGCUGUCCUGGAUGAGUUCAAGCAGCAGGAAGAGCGAGAGAAGCAGCAGAUGGCAUCCCUGCAGGAGCAGCUGGAGUCCCUCAUGGAGAAAUGAGGAGUGGGCUUAGGUCUUUGUAACUGUGAGCAGAGCUGAAAGUGGUGGUCACCUGCCGUGCUGAAGUCUUUGCUUUACUCACACACUUCUGCUGCCAGAAGUGCUGCUGGUGCUAGAGGUUCCAUGUCCAGAGCUGCUUCCACAUCCAUUGUGCUGGGUUUGGCUGGUGGAGCUGAAGAACUGGACUGUGCCUGUGAGAGCAGCCAAACCACUGGAUUUACUGUAAAUACUCACUGAUCUCCCUGGGACAGCACAGUGUUGGUUUCUGCAUCUUAUUGAAUCUGGGGCUCGAUGGGCUGUGGCCUGGUAGGAGCUUGUUCUUGUGUUUGAGGAAACUCUAAAAAAACUCUAAUAAAGUACCAUUUCCAACCCU